AAUAAUUUGUAUUAUCAUUUUGUGAUGCAUUUAGUCAUAGUAAAUCUACCAAAGGUUAAUUGCGAUGGGUUUUUUUACAGUUAUUUUCACUACAACUGGACUCAAAACUUGACAUCUAAUCCCUCUACUUACUGUUUCAAUCUAUUCCGACACAAUACUGAUCAUAAUAAAUCUUACUUUUGUUCAAUAUUUGUUCAUUGUUUUCCAGGAGGACGGAGAGGCAAGAAACUUCUCAAGCUAGAGCAGGUAGAGGAUGUCGUCAAAUUUAUUUUGAAUUUCACCGCAGAACACUGCAUUCACCUACCAGGCAGGAUACCAGGGUUCAAAUCGGCUGAUGUGAAACUGCUGCCGUCCUACGUCACCAAGGCGCAUCUGUGGAGGCUCUACAGAGAUGCUGCUCCAGAGCAUGGACCCGUAGCUGAGUCUACCUUCCGAAAGCUGUGGAGCGACCUUCUCUCCUAUGUGGUUGUUGCCAAGCCGGCCACGGAUCUCUGCUGGACAUGUCAGCAGAACAACAACCUUAUCACCAGACAGGUCAAUGUUCCUGAUGAAGAGAAGACAGAGGCACUCAGGAGGCAGGAGGAGCAUCUUCUGGAGGCCCAGAGAGAGCGGGAUGCCUACAGGACAGCCUGUCAAGCCUCAAAGGCAGUCGCGAGAGAGCAUUCUAUCAAGAAGCUAGGGAAAAAUGCUGCGAACUCCAAGCCUGUAGUUUUUCAUUACAGCUUCGACUUUGCACAGCAAGUGCAUUAUCCAGCUGACCCCCAACAACCUGGCCCUUCGUAUUUCCGUACACAAAGAAAGUGCCACAUCUUUGGCAUGGCUGCAGAGGGUCUGCCUGCUCAAGUUAAUUACCUUGCAGAUGAGGGCGUCAGCUGUGGUAAAGGAGCCAAUGUUGUUGUAAGCUACAUCCACCAUUUUCUGGAAAACUACGGGAUUGGAGAACAACAUGUGCACUUCAAUGCUGAUAACUGUGCUGGACAGAAUAAGAAUAACACCAUGCUCCAAUAUCUCUGUUGGCGUGUGGAGAGUAAUCUCCACAAAUCUGUCUCAAUUUCAUUUUUGCCAGUGGGACAUACUAAAUUCGCCCCUGACUGGUGCUUUGGCCUCCUCAAACAAAGGUACCGCAAGACCAAAGUCUCCUGCCUCCAGGACAUAGUUAAUGUUGUAGAUUCUUCUACUGUGUCAGGGGUCAAUAUUCCACAGCUCGUUGGAAAUGAGAAGGGGGAUGUGUUUGUGAAGGUGUACGACUGGUCCAACCAUCUUGGCAAACACUUCAAACGAUUUCCUCGUAUAACAUUCGCCAGACACUUCAGAGUUACUGAAGAUCAUCCUGGUAGAGUGUUUUACAAGGAAAAGUCUGACAGUGCUGAAGAGAUGUUUGACCUUGCUCGCUCGUCACCUCCACCAACACUUCCUCCACUCAUCCAACCUGCAGGACUUGAUGCCAGUCGCAGGAAAUAUUUGUAUGAGCAGAUCAGAGAGUUCUGUACGCCAGAGACUAGGGACUUGGUAUGUCCAGCACCAGAGUAGCUUGGGUCAAACCAUAAACUUUAGGUACUUAAAUUCCUCUAGGACGUAUUCAGCAUUGAAGUGUACAAAGUAUUUUUUCUGUCUACAUGUAAUAAGUAGCAGUCACUUUGUCCACUUUAGUUUCUGCCAUUUCAGUUCAGCAAUAUAAUAGCUUGGGUCAAACCAUAAACUUUAGGUACUUAAAUUCCUCCAGGACGUAUUCAGCAUUGAAGUGUACAAAGUAUUUUUUCUGUCUACAUGUAAUAAGUAGCAGUCACUUUGUCCACUUUAGUUUCUGCCAUUUCAGUUCAGCAAUAUAAUAGCUUGGGUCAAACCAUAAACUUUAGGUACUUAAAUUCCUCCAGGACGUAUUCAGCAUUGAAGUGUACAAAGUAUUUUUUCUGUCUACAUGUAAUAAGUAGCAGUCACUUUGUCCACUAUAGUUUCUGCCAUUUCAGUUCAGCAAUAUAAUAGUUCCAUGUGUUCAUUUAUUCUAAGCUUGAUGCAUAUCAGCACUUAACAUCAGCACUAAAUUAUCGGUGUUUGGCCACUGCCAUAUGUUUCUAUUUGUAAAGGUUUUUGUUAGAUUGACAUUAACAAUGUCUAUCCUAUGUACAUACUAUUGAUCUCUUCGGCUGUGAAUUUUGUAUGAAACGAGAUAACUCAAAAGAUUCAAAACUGUACAUCAUUAAUUCUUGGGCACUAAUGCAUAAUAGUUCAUGAUUAGUGUAGUCACUAGUCAGAUUGCAUUUUUUAUGGGAUUCGUUAUUGUUUUUUCUUUACGUUGAUAAUGAAAGAAUAAUUAUUUUAUAUCUGAUACUGAUUGACUGAAAUUGAUAUUUUUGCAUUAUUAAUCUCUAUCUCAAGAAGACAAUAGUUCUGUCAAAUUGUCUCAACUGUUACUUUAUUGUACAUUCCUUAAUGUACCAGGAUAUUUUUUACAAUACAUGUAUUAUAGGUUAUCUGUUGUCGAGUGACUUAUAAGUUUUUUUGUUUUUUUUUUAAUCUCAAAUAGCCUUGAUUAAGACUAAUGCUUUUUAUCAUAGCUUUUAUUAAAUAUGACAAAAUAUAAAUCAUUUUGAACUCGCUUCUUGUGUUCCAGUAAUUAUCAUUUAAAAAACAGAUUCUGUCGGGUUUCAAGUUCAACGCAAUUUGUUAUUUCACUUUAUUGCAAUCUUUUUUUUAAUAUAUU